AUGGGUACAGAAGGAACCGUAGUAGGGGGCGGUGGUGACAGCCUGAAGAAGAAAAUUACGCUAAGAAAUGGUGUUACUCUAAUUGUUGGAAAUAUCAUCGGCUCUGGAAUUUUUCUGACGCCAACCGCUGUUCUCUUUGCUUCCGGCUCCCCCGCGCUCUCGCUCAUCAGUUGGUCUUUCGCUGGUCUUUUCUCGCUGAUAGGCGCUAUUUGCUACGCUGAGCUUGGAACAACUAUCGUGAAAUCUGGUGCUUCCUAUGCCUACAUUCUCGAAGCCUUUGGCGAGUUUAUUGCUUUCCUCCGACUUUGGAUUUCUGUUCUUGUUAUCGAACCUACAGUUCAAGCCACAAUCGCCAUCACAUUUGGACAGUACUUGCUUCAGCCCUUCAAUCCAAACUGCGAGCCAGAUAUGCUCUCGACUCGUCUUGUUGCCGCUGCCUGUAUCUUUUCAAUCAUGUAUGUGAACAGUAUCAAUGUUCGCUACGGCACCCGCCUUACUGACGUCUUCGCCUAUGCAAAAGUAGCAGCUUUGAUCGUACUUGUCUUUACUGGUCUUUACUACCUCUUCUUUACUUCUUCCGGGCAAGUGACUAACUUCACCACCGGAGCCUGGACAAAUUCCAAAUACGAUCCACUUUCCAUCGUUAUCGGCUUGUAUCAGGGACUUUUCUCGUACUCUGGUUGGGAUACUCUCAACUUUUUAGUUGAAGAACUUCAGGAUCCCUUCGUCAAUAUGCCUAAGGCGAUCUGGAUUUCUAUGCCCAUUGUCAUUCUCAUCUAUGUCUCCAUUAACGUCGCUUACCUCGCUGUUUUAACUCCAUCCGAGAUCAUGUCUUCGGCGGCUCUUGCAAACGAUAUGGCGACUCGUACACUUGGCUCCAUCGGCGGCAUCUGCGUCCCCAUCUGCGUCGCCAUGUCCUGCUGGGGCGGCUUGAACUCGUCCAUGAUGGCUUCAAGCCGUCUUUUUAUGGUUGGAUCCCGAGAAGGCCACUUGCCUCAGUGGAUUUCCAUGAUUACUUUCAAGGGAAACUCGGGUACUCCUGCGCCAGCCAUGAUCUUUACCGGACUUCUAACUAUCCUCUAUCUUCUCGUGCCAAAUGUCUUUGAUUUGGUCAACUACUACAGCUUCACGUACUGGCUUACUGUUGGCCUCUCCGUCGCUGGUCAAAUCUACCUUCGCUUCACACAACCGGAUCGCCCGAGACCCAUCAAAUUCAGUCUCGCCUGGCCGAUUAUUUUCACUCUCAUGUGCACCCUCCUGAUUGUGGUGCCUCUCGUAACUGAACCAGUCGAUACCUUGAUCGGCUGCGGAAUGAUGUUCUCCGGAAUAAUUCCCUGGUAUUUAUGGAAGAAAACAGACUGGCUAGACAAGUGUGGAUGUAUUAAAGCCUUUGCGAAUGGCUGCGAAAGAAUCACAGAGUCUAUCACUCGAAAGUUGCAGCUUCUUCUGCCAGUCAUUCCGGGAAAACUCGCCGACGAAUAG